CGAACUCUGAAUUCAUUCUUAAAAAAAGAAGAAGAAGAAGAAGAAGAAGAAGAAAAAACUGACUUUUAAAAGGCAGGAAUUUCUAGGCAAAUUAAAAGGAGCGUGUUAUGUACGAAGGCGCGUAAACCACCGACUGAAACACAACAACCGGUUAGCGACCCGGAGAGCACCCACAAAAUCACCGUAGUUUCUUCUUCAACUCCAAGGACACGGACAUCCUUUUUUUUUCAAAGAAAAAACCCACCAAUCAUUACCAUAUAAAUACAGCUUCAUCAUUUCCAGAAAAAACAAAGAGUAGCGUUUCAUUUAUCAGCCCAAGGACUUGGAUUUUCCUUUUCGUGAUCCGAGAAAAACAUUAUUAAGAAAAGUCUAGACAUUUAUUAGGUUUCUAUUACCAAAUCAAUAAAUAUACAGUAUCCGUCUUGUACAAUGUCAGUUUCUGGUAUUCAAGGCCAGCUUCUUGAAGUCACUGUUGUUGGGUGUACUAAACUGAAAGACACUGAAUGGAUAUCAAGACCAGAUCCUUACGUUUGUGUUGAAUAUGGUAGCCAUAGCUGUCGCACAAGAACCUGCACAGAUGGAGGCAAAAACCCUACAUUCGAAGAGAAGUUUAUGUUUCCACUAAUUGAAGGGUUAAGAGAGAUAAGUGUUGGUGUUUGGAACAGCAAUACCUUAUCUCUUGAUGAUUUUAUCGGCAAGGGAAAGAUUCAAUUGCACAAAGUUCUUUCGCAGGGCUUUGACGAUACAACUUGGCCACUUCAAACUAAAACUGGAAGGUAUGCUGGAGAAGUAAAAUUGAUAAUGCACUAUGUAAAUGCCAACAAAGCAGCAACAGGCUAUGCUCCUUCAGCACCACCAUGUUUAUACCCUGAUCCUGCAGUCUCACAACGCUAUUUCCCGCCACCUGCGUAUGGAACUCCUCAUGCACAACCACCGACAACCUACCCAGCUCCAUCUCCUUAUCCCUCAUACCCGCCUAGUUCAGCGUUUCCACAAUCAGCGUAUCCCCCACCACAGCCUACUCCUUAUCCUCCUGCACCGUACCCAGCAUGUUCAGCAUAUCCUCCACCACCAUAUCCACCUCCACCUCAAGCUUCAUCCUACUAUCCUCCAGGUCAUUUUUUUGGAACCUAUCCUCCUCCACCAUACUAAAAUGAUGCUUCAGAAUAUCAAGUGCGAAGAAGAAACACAAGGAACUGCCCUGUAAAGAACACUAGAAUUUAGCGAUGCUAAUUUUUCCUCCGCACCGAGGAGUUUUGUGUUUUCCUUGACUCAAAAAGUAUUCUCAAUGAAUAAUCUCAUUUUGCAAGAAAAUUUGUAUACUCGCUGGAUUCUUUAUUGGGCUGCUAAUAACCUGCUGCCCCGGCAUUUGUCAGCAAUAUCAAGAUUCAGUGUGCUUCCGCCUCACAGACUGUUUUAGAUAUUCCUUGCUGCUAUACUUUACUCGCCUUUAGUUCUAAUCAGCUUUAUGCUACCCCUCCCACACACACAAACUCACAGAGAUCCUUACCCUCUCCAGGGAUCACGCUCUUGGUAAACAGACUUGGUCCAACCUGCCAUCAUCUACAAAGUAAAUUAAGACUUACUGGAGCAAGACUGGUAAUCUUUGUUUAGCAGUUCAGAUCGUCCAAAGUAGAGAAGGAAUAGAUCAUCUGCGCGACGGGAGGAUGCCAGUUAUGGCCCCUAUGGGUUGGACUUUAUUUCGAAGCCUUUCGGUAUAUAUUAGCAUUGGAUCAAGAUUUCCUCGUGCAUGCUCUACAAAUAAAUGGGCGUACGAUUUUAGCAAGUGCUAAACAAAAUUUAAUUACUAGUUAUUUUUUCA